AAAAGGCUUAUAUGAAGUAUUCACACAUUUGUUGAGUCAGCAAAUCAGCAUUCAUCAUGGCGACUUUGAAGAGCUUCAGUAAACUUAGUCUAAAAUCGUCAAUGAGCGAACGUAUUUGGCAAACGUUCUGUCCCAGCUGUGUAGGAAUAAUUUCAGGCAGUAGGUAUUAUAAGGGAAGCAAUCGCGAUAUCAAAAGGAGAGAAUGGAACAAAAAGAUGGAGGAUACUCGGAAAAAGGGCGCACGGAAAUUUGAUUUCAAGAAAUUUAUGUAUUUAAAUUACGAAAAGGAAUUCAAAGCAUUUGUACAUCGCUUUUCUCUUGAUCCUGACAACCCACUGUUGUGGGAGGCUUUUAUACAUCAAACUUCUCAGUGUGAUGACAACUCCAUUGAACAUAAUGGAAAGUUAGCUGUCUUAGGUUUUAACAUCACUUCCCAGAUAAUCAUCUCUUAUUUGUUUUUUUCUUACCCAAACUUACCAAGUCAUGGAUUAAGGAGUCUACAAGAACAUUUAUUACAGCAAAAAACUCUAGCAGACGUUGCUCAAUCUUUAUCAAUCCACGAACUUAUAAAAACAGAGAUUGAUUUCAACAGCGAUGAAACCAUUUCAUCACAACAUGGUUUUAGCAGAGAAGAUAUAAUCGCUGACUCUUUUUUAGCUUUAAUUGCCGCGAUUCAUUUACACGAGGGUGAAACACAGUCCAGUUCUUUUGUGCGGGAUUUUCUGAUAUCUCAGUUGUACGGUAAAGAACUUGAGUCGGUCGUAAAGUUCAAAAAUCCAGAGUUGUCUUUGACGUCUUUGCUUCAAGAACAGCAAAGGGAAAAGCCUGUUGCUAGGUUGAUGUAUUCCAGCUACAGAUAUACUGAAAUGCCAGUUUAUGUUGUUGGAAUUUUUAGCUCAGAUUCCAUGUUAGCACAAGUUGCAAGUCCCAUUCUUGAAAAGGCGAAAUACGAGGCAUUUUGUUCGGCAUUAACAAAUGUUUUAUUGUCGAAAAUACCAGAACCACAGCAAAGUUACCAUUCCAUAUAAUUUGAAAAUAAAUGUUUGAAAAUUGCCAUGAUGAAAGAACUGCAUUUAAAAGAACUAUGUUGUGAAUGAAACAGCAUCAGAAGUUGGGUAAAACUGUCCUUUCAUGUGGGUAAUUUGUCUCAAUCGAGUUUAUCAAACGCUUUGUCUCUUGGAGCAAAAAAUUAAUAGAACUAUAAACUGUCAUCAAAUAUUUUUCCCUUGGAAACUCGCUGUUGUAGUUAUGAGAAAAGGGAAUUUGUAGAUUAUUAGAAACUCUUAGAGCGAUAAAUAUGUUUCAUAAUCAACUAUAUAUUUUCACAAGGUUAGCGCUCAAAGUGUUUGAGGCUCUUUUAACAAUCUGUAAGAUGGGAAGACAUGCCUUGGAUUUGAGUCUGUGAAACUGCAAGCAACUAUGCACAAUUGAUAUGUCCCAUCUGUGACUAUGAUUCCUAUCUGUGCUUAGCCAUCUGGGGCUCUCAGCGCGACUAUUGGACAGAAUAUGUAUUUGACCGAUGAUUAUCAGAUGCAAUAUAAGAUAUCCGAGGUACUAGAAAUUUAAUGGAUUUAGCUCUAAGUUUUGUUCCCUAUACCGUAGAAUAAGGUGAAUACAUCCAAACUUUAAAUUACUGGAACAUAGAAAUAUAAAGUUGAAAUGUAAUGCCUACGUUUUCUUGUAAAAACUAUUCUUCUCAUGA